GAUUCGCUGACAAUUAAAACCUAUGUAUAUGAGAUUUGUAAGGCAACACCAAAGAGAUUUAAAAUCUAUAUGUGGCACUUUCCCAUAUAAGACUAUAUAAAUUCAUUAUAUGGUAAUGAGAUGUAAAUCUACGUGAAUUCAAGAGAGACAAGAUCAUUUUUUCAAGAAACAGAUCAAAAUUUGUACAAAAUUUUUGCACCAUGGAAGAAAUCGAUACAAUUUCAAAAUUAUACAACUUUAUGCAAUUUUCUGUAGAAUGCUUCCAUGACAAAAAGCCAUUCCAUCUCGUAGAACUAUUCGAAUGCCAAUAGGAUUUCAUUAUCUGGACCAAAUCUGCAUUAGCAGGUUGCAAAUUAGUUGCACCGUGCCUGUCGCUGCACGCUGCACAAUAUUAGCGCGACUUUUCCCCAAAAGAGUUAAAUGACGAGAAGGAUACGCGUAUGGCGCGCCAGCCAUUUUUCACUUCUUUACGAAGAGCUGAUGAAAUGAAUUCAUUCAUCUCUUUUCUUCCAGUUUCUAUAUCUUUUCUGUAACUUUUCUUUGAUUCAGUUGAUCUUUCUUACCAGCAAUAGUCUGUUGUUCCACUGCCCCAUUUGAAUUGACUUUGCAAAAUUCAUCAUGUCCACUACAGCAGUUUUGCCUGCUAUUCAGAUGCGAGUCAAUUACUCCGAAUAUAGGAGUAUUGUCAAGGACUUCCUCGAGACUUUCAAAGAUGUCGCCGUAGAUGAAGCCGAUCUUGAUCUCCAAGGUGCUCAGUUUGCCGCCAAGUACAUGAAUAUAUUCCAGAAAGUUGCCAACAGGCAGCAGUCUACAAUUGUUAUUGAGCUUGAAGAUUUGAAGCAAUGGUUGAGAAACUAUUCUACUUCUCAAGGAACCAACCAGGAGUUCCUCGGAAAUGUCUUAAGAAACACCUACCGUUAUUUGGACGUGUUCAGCGACGUCAUUGAUGAAUUGAUGCCAAAGCCCGAGCACGGAAUCGACAUCAACGACGAUGUCCUCGAUGUGAUCUUGCACCAGAGACGAUUAUGCAACGAUCGUUUGCAACAGGAAAACAACGACGAGUUCAACCACUUGCGAGACGGGUUUCAAAAUGAUAAUGGCGAAAAUGGACUCAACAAUAACAAUAAUAACGGAAAUGCUCCUGCUGACUUCUUAUUUCCCUCUAAAUUGACUCGUCGUUAUUGUCUCUACUUCGCUCCUUUAAACGACCACAAGUCACUUUCCGUUAGAGAAAUCAAGGGUGCUCACGUGGGACAUUACAUAACAGUGAGAGGCAUUGUCACAAGAGUAUCGGAUGUGAAGCCUUCUGUUGUAGUAAAUGCAUAUACCUGUGACAAGUGUGGGUUUGAGAUUUUCCAGGAGGUCAACUCAAAGACUUUCACUCCCUUGUCAGAAUGUACUUCACCCAGUUGUCAAAAUGACAAUAACAAGGGUCAAUUGUUUAUGUCGACCAGAGCUUCCAAGUUUUCUAGUUUCCAGGAAGUCAAGAUUCAGGAAAUGUCGCAUCAGGUACCUGUAGGGCAUAUUCCUCGUAGUUUGACGAUACAUGUUAAUGGUGACUUGGUUAGAUCCAUGAACCCGGGUGAUACUGUCGAUGUUUCGGGUAUCUACAUGCCUUCCCCUUACACCGGUUUCCGUGCAUUGAAGGCUGGUCUUCUCACCGAAACCUACUUGGAAACACAACACGUAAGACAACACAAGAAACAGUACGAUGCCUCUGAGAUCUCAGCCCAAGCUCAACAGAAGAUCGACGAGUUGCUCCGUAGUGGUGACGUGUACAACAAGCUUGCCAAGUCAAUUGCACCAGAAAUUUACGGCCACUUGGAUAUCAAAAAGAUUUUGUUAUUAUUGUUGUGUGGUGGUGUCACCAAAGAAAUCGGUGAUGGGCUCAAAAUUAGAGGAGACAUCAACGUUUGUCUUAUGGGAGAUCCCGGUGUAGCCAAGUCGCAGUUGUUGAAGGCCAUUGGCAAGAUUGCACCUCGUUCUGUGUAUACUACUGGUAGGGGUUCAUCUGGUGUAGGUCUUACAGCUGCAGUGAUGAGAGAUCCCAUCACAGACGAAAUGGUGUUGGAAGGUGGUGCACUUGUUUUGGCUGAUAACGGUAUCUGCUGCAUCGAUGAAUUCGACAAGAUGGACGAAAGCGACAGAACAGCCAUCCACGAAGUCAUGGAACAGCAAACUAUUUCCAUUUCCAAGGCUGGAAUCACCACCACAUUAAAUGCAAGAACUUCCAUUUUGGCAGCCGCCAAUCCUCUCUACGGAAGAUACAAUCCAAGAUUGUCACCCCACGAGAACAUCAACUUACCAGCUGCAUUAUUGUCUAGAUUUGAUAUCAUGUACUUGAUAUUGGACCAACCAUCUAGAGAAAACGACGAGAGAUUAGCUAGCCAUGUAGCCUACGUCCACAUGCACAACAAGCAGCCAGAAAUGGACUUUGAGCCUCUUGACUCUACAACGAUCAGAGAGUUCAUCAGCCGUGCCAGAACGUUCAGACCUACUGUUCCUAAGGAAGUGGGAGACUACGUUGUACAAUCGUAUAUUAAUAUGAGAAAGGAAUCCCAUCGAAACGAAGGCUCUGUCAAGAAGUUCAGUCAUAUCACUCCCAGAACGCUCUUGGGUAUAUUGAGAAUGGCACAAGCUUCAGCCAGACUCAGAUUCGACAACUAUGUGACGUUUGAAGACGUCGACGAGGCGCUCAGAUUGAUACAGGUGUCCAAGUCGUCGUUGGCUUCUGAGGACGACAGAUUACGGGAAGAUGAUUCUGCUACUUCUAAGAUUUAUCAGAUCGUGAGAGGCAUGGCCUUGGGUGAUGGCCAGAGGUUGACGAGAACGUUGUCUUUGAGAGAUUUACGUGAACGUAUCAUUGCUAAGGGCUACACCAUCCAGCAGUUUGAUGACUGUAUUUUGGAGUACGACCACAUUGGAGUGUGGCAGAAGAUCGACAACGGCGAGACGUUGAUGUUCAUUGAGAACGAUGACGACUUCGACGACGAAGACAUGGUAUAGUUUUAGCUCGAUCUGUAUUCUUAUGUAUACUAGUAAUAGAUAAAAGGUAG